AGUCAAGUGAUGUAUAACGCGGUCAAAUUAAAAUAUGCAAUAAAAAACCGGUAUAAACUUUCCUAAAAUAAAGAUAACGGAAUCUUUUAGGAAUCCUCAUUCUCAAGUUCCCAGUUUUAUAAACUUCUCCAAACCAUGAUGAAAUCUUUAACUGAAAUCCUUAUAAUUUCAACAUUUUUAACAAUUUCUUUAGCUCACCACCGAAUUAUUAACGGCAAAUUCGCCAAGAUAAACCAAUUUCCUUACCAAGUCUCUGUACAACAACAUUUACAACCAAAAAACGUCUUCGAACAUUUUUGUGGGGGGACCAUCUUAAAUAAAAACCACGUUUUAACCGCCGCUCAUUGUAUUCAAACCGAUAAUUUACAAAUUCGAGUUGGUAUUUUACAUCUAAACGAUUCUUUAAGUAUAGGAGAAACCAUUAAAGUUCAACGAAUUAUUAUUCAUCCCAAUUACAACGACGAAAAUGGAACUGUAACAUCGCACGAUUUAGCCAUUUUGCGAUUAGAACAAGAUUUAUUGUUUUCUGAUGGAAUCCAACCAAUUAGAUUACCACUUGAGAAUGAAACUUUUACUGGAAAAGCUGUUUUAACAGGUUGGGGAAGAAGGAAGAGCUUAAUUCCGAGUUAUUCAAAUAGUUUGAUGUUCGCAGAGAUGAGCUUGAUUAAUUUAGAUGAAUGCAAAAGUGACUUUCUUUAUGCAAUUGGAACGUUUGGUCCAUUAGAUGAUAACAAUAUUUGCACUAAAGGGGAUGAUACAUAUGCUUGUCAAGGUGAUAGUGGUGGCCCCUUGGUGCAAAAUGGAACGAUUUUAGGGGUUGUUUCCUUCGCUGUUAAUCCCUGCGAUUUGAAUGGAUCUCCUACGGCUUAUUGUGAAGUUUCUAAAUAUAUUUCAUGGUUAAAUAAGCAUAUUUAAGUAUAUUUAUUUAUGCUUAAGCCUAAAAUGUUUCAAAUAAACUUGAUUAUUAUAUA